CAAGUACUUGCAAAACCGCAGCACUGACCCCCCUUUCAAAGGCCUUGUGUCGUCCUUCCUGCACUCUACGAGGUUAUCAUGGCUUCAUGCAGGGAAUCACCUAUGUUUUUCAUAGAGGACGCCGAGGCUGAUGUUGCUCGGCUGAAGCAGCUGCAAGCAGAUGAUCCAAUAGCUUGGCAGGAUGCUUUGAACACGUCCAGGGCGCUGGUGGAAGCUGUGAAGGAGAACGAUGUUGAUGAGCUUCGGCGAGUGGUUGCCAACGCGGAUGAGGGAGAGCUUAUUCAGGCCUUCAUGAUUCAAGCUUUCGUUGUUGCUUUGAAGUCCUCGGCGUUGGAAAUUGUCCAGCAGUUGGUUGACUGGGGUCUUCCUCUCACCUCUGGGGCUUUUGGCCAGGCUCUUCACUUGGUUUGUGAGCUGGUUGAUAGAGAGAACUUCAGCAACUCGUGGAGAAUUCUGAAAACGCUCAAAGAGGGGAAUGCCUUCGGAGCGAUCGACAUCAACACACCUCGCAGCAGUGAUGGGUGGACCCCGCUCUGCAUUGCUUGCGCAGAUGCUUGUUUGCCCUUGGCAUUCAAGCUCCUAGAGCUGAAUGCGGACCCAAACGUGAUCACGCGGAGCAAUGAUACUCCGUUGUCCUUGGCCAAGCGCGGGCAGCCGGAAGACAAUGAAGAGCAAAGGGAGGCGCGCGGAAUCAUCUCCAACAUGCUCCGGUCGUAUGGUGCGCAGGACAGCUACAAAGAUGUCCUGCGCAUUUCGCGGAAGCAAUCCACAGCUGGGAAAACCAGGUGGAAGGCCGAGUGAUGGGAAGGAGCCUGAAGAACCUGCUCCGAAGUGCGCUGUCAGCAGCCGCUGAGAAGCGACCAGCGAUGAGAGAAGUCGUGAAAGAACUGGAAGGAAUCGUUCCAACUUUCACUGACGCCUGAAACCCAUGGCGGAACGAAGGAAUCCGAGGAACGCGGUGUGUUGUUUUCACUGGAUGUGACAUCCAACUGUUGCUUCGUCAGGUUUUAUGAUCUUUGUCGUUUUAUUGUGUUUUGUCCUUUUGAUUCCUUUCUUGAACAGAUUGAAACUUGAAACUAACUAUUUGCACUCGGCUUAGAGACAAACGUAC